AUGCCUCGCCCAGCUAAUAUCGAUGAUGUUAGAAGAUUUUUAGGCAUGAUAACGUAUUAUUCCAGAUUUAUUCCAGAUAUGUCUUCAAUAACUUAUCCGUUACGUCAAUUGCUUCAGAAAAAUUCGACAUUUUAUUGGUCUUCAAAUUGUGAAGCAUCGUUUAUAAAACUUAAAAAUAUAAUCUCCAGUGACCAAGUACUUAUGCCAUUCGAUCCAGAACUUCCAGUUAUAGUAGCAUGUGAUGCCAGUCCUACAGGUAUAGCAGGUGUACUUUCACAUAUAGUAAAUGGUAUAGAACGUCCAGUUGCAUAUGCAUCGAGAUCAUUGUCCACAGCUGAACGAAACUAUAGCCAUAUAGAUCGUGAAGCACUUUCAAUUGUAUUUACAUUGAAUCACUUUUUUAAUUACCUCUACGGAAGGAAGUUUCAACUUAUUACAGACAAUCGACCAUUGACACGCAUUUUUCAUCAACACAAUAAGAUGCCAGCUAUAACAUCUGCCAGAUUGCUACGAUACGCAGAAUUUUUAUCAAGUUUCAAUUAUGAAAUUGUCUUCCAAAAGGGCUCUGAACAUAUUCAUGCUGAUUGCCUCUCUCGUGCUACGCAGCCUCAAGAAAAGCUAUCUACAGAUAAGCUCAUUAACGAAGAAGUUAAUGAGUUGUGUUUUGAAUCAAUGAAUGCCGAAAUAUUAGCCACGGAAACAGCAAAAGAUCCAGAAGUUUCAAAAAUUUUGUCAGAUCUGCUAAGUGGUGAUGACGACGAAGGAAAAUAUACCCUCGAUAAUGGAGUAAUCUUUAAAGGUCAAAGAGUGCUUAUACCGAAAAGUCUUCAAUCUAUAAUCCUCCAAGAAUUACAUCACACACAUCCGGGGAUUACAAAAAUGAAACAACUUGCAAGAAUGUACUGUUUUUGGAAAGGAAUUGACCGUGAUAUAGGGAGAAUGGUAAGAUCAUGUGAAUUUAGAGUUAUACGUGAUGCACCUACAACGCAAAACACUAUAAGUUUGUUAUCUGAAAUUUUUACUACCCAUGGUUUCCCUUCAAUUAUUGUAUCCGACAACGCUACAAUCUUCACCAGCGAACAAUUCAAAUUAUAUUGUAAGCAGAAUGGUAUUUUCCAAAAACUAAUUGCUCCAGGACAUCCAAGUACAAAUGGAUUAGCAGAGCGUAAUGUUCAAACACUGAAGCGUAAAUUGAAAGCAAUGUCAUCCGAUUCGGCUUCAAUACAGAAAAAGGUUAACGAAAUUCUUCAAAGAUAUCGAGCUACACCUCUGAACUGUGGAAAGAGUCCAGCUGAACUCUAUUUUAAAAGACGUAUUCGAAUUAAAUUGGAUGCUUUAAAACCUACAAAGAAAAUUUUUUCUCCAAAGUCUAUCCCGGGCGUUCGUCAAAUAGGCGUGGGAGAAAGAGUGCAAGUUCUACACAUUAAAAACAACAAAACUGUAUGGAAAAUGGGCAACGUAAUAAGGAAGUUUGGAAACCUACAUUAUUUAGUGAAAUUGGAUGAUGGCUAUACACUUAAACGCCAUAUAGACCAACUGAAAAUUACAAAUGUUCAGAAACGGGAAGUACACUUUGCCCCAAGCAUUGAUGGAAACAAUACUGAUUCUACUAACCGUCAAAAUCAACAGGCUCAUGAUUAUAACCAGUAUAUAUUGGAAGCUCCAAAUCUUCAAAAUCAGUCAAAUCCAGAAUCGCAGGAAAUUCAAGAAACUACUAGUCAUGCUGCACCUCAAGAUCCUACAACGGUACAAGGAGCGCAGAAUUCUCAAGAGCAAACUAUUCGUAGAUCUGCAAGAUUACGCAAUAGGCCAACAUAUCUUCAAGAUUACGUUCCAGAAUAA